GUUUCUUCCUCAAUCUCUUCUCCUCGUCUUCGGUUCCUCACCAAGCAUCCACGCCGCCGCCGCUGCUCCUCCUUCGCCAUUGUCCGCCCCCUUGCGCCGGUCGCCACUCACCACAACCGCUGCUCCUCCGCCUUUGCUGUCUGCCCCCCUCGCCGACGCUUAGUCCCGACUCCCUUCGUCUUUGAUUCCUUACUGAGCCUCGACGCCGACGCCGCCGCUGUUGCUCCUCUGCCACCGUUGGCGUCAAAAUCGGUUCCAUGGAUCCAUCUGGGAACCAUCCACGCAACAAACGGGUGGAUCCCGGUUCCGAUUUUUCAGAACCGGUCCUUGGCGGGCGGUUCCCGGUUCUAGCCGGAUCGUGCACACCCCUAGGCAGAACUACGAUCUAAGUCUCUCCCUCUCUAAGAUUCUCUCUUCUCUCUCCUUCUGCUCCGUUCGCCGAUUCUUGGCGCAGAGAGGGAAGGGAGGUCGAUCUUCUGCCGGUGCCGGCGAGGAAUCCUUUGGGAAGCAGGGCGAGAGAUGGCGUCGUCGAGCAAGAUAAGGCUGCGGAGCUCCGACGGGGAGUCGCACGAUGUGGAGAAGUCGGUGGCGGUGGAGUUGCAGGCGAUCAAGCCAAUGAUCGAGGACGGCUGCGCCGACAACAAAAUCCUGCUGUUCCCGCUGCCCAACGUGCACAGCAAGAUCCUGACCAAGGUGAUCGAGUACUGCAAGAUGCACCAGGACCGUGAGGCCUGGGACGCCAGAUUCGUUGACACCGACGAGGCCACCCUGUUUGAACUCUUCGAGGCCGCAGACUAUUUGGACAACAAGGGCUUGUUGGACCUCACAUGCCAGACUGUGACUAACAGGAUCAGAGACAUGAUCAAAGGCAAGACCCCUGAGAAGGCCAUGGAGGAGAUACGCAGGCGCUUCGGCAUCAAGAAAGAGGAGAAAGACUUUGCCCUUACCGAAGAGGAGGAGCGCAGGAUCCUCAGCAUAGAGGAGAACGACUCUACCCUUACCCCAGAGGAUAUACGAAGUAUCCUGGGCGUUUGUUAAGUCUCCUCCUGAACCUAUGUAGCCUGUGUAGAAAGGGUCUGGUUCUCUAUGGAGCAAGCUUUCCACAGAUUACUACAUCACAAAAGUUCAAGAAAAUGUGCAAACCAUAUUAGUUUCAUUUUGAGGAAUGUAUAUUGAUUAACUUGCAUCACAUCCUUCAUAACGUGCUUGCUGCUUAAGGACAGUUGCUUAAGCGCAUACAGGUACUUGCACAGAUAAGUGAUGGACUUUUGUGCGUGAGAUUUUUUUUCAACGGAGAUUUGUGCAGUUUGGUGCAUUGGGUUGAUGAUAUUUAGGGUGUAAUUAAGUUAUACCAGGCAAAGGAUAUUUAUGGUUUGCCCUAUUUAAAAAAUGUAAGAUGAUAUUAAUUAGCUAAAUGGUUGGCACAGGAGGAAAUAAAGGUGAUGUGCCAAAUUUAGUUUCCA